AGGAAGUGAGUGUUGCUUGGAGGCAGCAGCGCACUGUGUAGCAGUAAACAGUGAAACGCUGUUACAGAGUUUGUACUUUAUAUUAAUGAGUUUUUCUGAACGGUGUUUAGUAUGAGGAGCAUGGCGCGCUUGAGCUCUGUACAGAAGCAGCUGCUGCGGGUGGUAGAGGCUUUAGUCAGGGCUGUAGUUGAAGAACUGUGUGAACUAGAAGAUGUUUCUGUUUUAAAAGUGAAGCCUGGAGCAGGAGCUGGACUACAGCAGGACAGUACAGCGAUAAAAGUCAAUGCUGCUGUGGAAAAACUGACAAAAGACACAGUAGACCAACUUAGCCAGCUUUUCUGUCGACUAUCCCAGGCCAAAGCUCCUCUAUCCUACCUAAAGAGACAGAAAUUGAGGAGAAAGAGGGUUUUGGUGGAGGCACAGCUGGCUAAGAGAAGAAGUUCAGUCCAGCUCAGGUUAUCAGGAGUGCACAUUCAGACUACUGCAACAGAUACAACCAAUGGAGACGAAGGAAAGGGUGCGAUAGACCUCCUUUCUCAGACAGAGAGUCUCAGUGGAGAAAUGGAUCCUUUACUAGAAGACACAGCAGAGAACAUAUCUGAAGAAGUUCUUCCUCAGGAAGUGGAGGUUCAGCAGGAGACAAUAUUAAAGGUUGAACUGGAGCAUGAACAGGAACAAGUGGAAUGUUCUAUGCAGCACUGUGAUCAACAAGAAGAAGCGAUACAUAAUCAAGGAAAGUCUGCGGUGAAGCCCAUCAGCAAAGAGGAGGACGGCACUCAGAAUACCUGCUCUCAGGCCAUCAGCUCUGAAACACUGGAAAUCAAGAUAUCAGCAGCACAGUCAUUUGACGUGGGUCAUGCACAGGAAGUCCCUGUGAAAAGACCUCCAGGAAGAUCUCUCUCAGAAGGAGGCACUCGUAAGAAAGCAGCUGCAAGGAAUCUGAUUCAGUGUGACGCCUGCGACAAGACCUUCACUUACCUCAACAACCUGAAAAGACACCAGAAGACGUUCCACAGCGGGGAGACUCCUCACGCCUGCCAGGACUGUGGAGAACGUUUUGGCAGCAAGCGGCUCCUCCGCGUGCACCUCAGAGAGCACAGGGUGGAGAAGCCUCACGCCUGUAAGCUUUGUGAGAAGGUCUUCCGCCUUCCCAAUCACUUGAAGAAACACAUGACCAGCCACACCAAUGAGAGACCGUUCAUCUGCAGCACCUGUGGCAAGACCUUCGCCUUGGUGAGCACCCUUAGAGCUCAUGAGAAGACUCACAGCGAUGAAAAAACCUUCGUAUGCACAGAGUGUGGCAUGAGUUUCCUCACCAAGUCUUACCUGGACUACCAUCAGCGAGUUCACACUGGAGAAAAGCCCUACACCUGCAUGCACUGCGGCAAAACCUUCGCCCAAAAGAGCAACCUCCGAGUGCACGAGAGGCUCCACACUGGAGAAAAGCCGUUCCACUGCGAAGACUGUGGCGAAAGCUUCAUACACGCCAACAGCUUCAAAUCCCACAAGCAGCUGCACACAGGCAUGAAGGCCUUCUGCUGCGAACACUGCGGCAAGGGCUUCCGUCGUGGAACCCACCUCAAAACUCAUCUGCUGACCCACACUGGCGUUAAACCCUUCCAGUGUGACUUAUGUCCAAAGACUUUCGCCCUCAAAGGCUCACUAAAAGCCCAUAGGCUCACUCACACUGGAGAGAAGAGCUUUGUGUGUAACAUUUGUAACAAGACAUUCACUCAAGCCAGUUCUCUCGGAAAGCACAAGCGAACACACACUGGAGAGAAGCCUUAUCUCUGCACCUUCUGCAGCAAGUCCUUCUGCCAAAGCAGCCACCUGCAUUACCAUUACCGAGCAUUUCAUCCAGGACAAACAUCCUAGCUAUAAAAUGCUACCGGUACACAUUAUUGCCUUACAUUAUCUGUACGCUGCACUUUUAAAAAUAGAGAUGCUACAGAUAUUUAGAUAUUAGUUAUUUGGUGAAAUAAAGAAGAACCAAUUUUGGUUUCAUAAUGAAUGAGUUUGUAACAAAUAUGUGUGAAGUCUACAAUGUAGAAAAUAAAUGAAAUAAAGAAAAACA